UAUGAUGGAUGAGGGCUCACGUUCGGCACCCUCCUCAUUGCCUCACAGUUCACAAGAUGCGAGACCAUCCAACUGCAAGGAGGGAGGAGCAACUCAUGAGCUGCGUGCGUGUAAUUGGAAAAUGGAAACGGCUAUGUGGAGCGAGAGCCUCGCGUUUUCCACCAUUUCGUUGGGAUUAAAUUGUGCUGCCUGCCUGAAAGAGAAAUCAGAUUAAAUGAAGGGCGAGAUAAUAAGGAUCAAGAGGAAGGAAGGUCAUCAUUGCGAAUCUUUCGGCCGACCACCUCACCAUCAUCGUCAUCAUGUGGAAGUGGCUCCUCCCUUGAAUUGAAAUCCCACGCCAUCAUCACGUUGACGCCACCAUCUCCAUCUUCCUCUCCUCUCCUCCGGCCGUCUCCUUCCACUCUUUGCUCGCCUCUGCUCACGUCCCACAUGCACGACUCCUGUGCCUGCCACUCCCUGUCACACACACUCUCUCUCUGUUCUUAAACCAUAGCUUUUAAAAACAGAGCGAGAGAGAGAACAGAGUCCGCAUCCACCAAUCUAUAAAUAGCCUCACACCCCAAGCAACAGGUCAUCGAUCUCCUCUUGUUCCUCUCCACCAAUUCUUUUCUCUCAAGUGCGUUAGUUUGAUGGAGAGGCUGAACACCAAGCUCUACCUCCAGAACUGCUACAUCAUGAAGGAGAACGAGAGGCUGAGGAAGAAGGCGCAGCUGCUGAACCAGGAGAACCAGGCUCUGCUGUCCGAGCUGAAGCUGAAGCAGAAGCUGACCAAGGCUAGCAGCAUCCCUGACCUCAACACUCCACCUCCAGCCAGCAAUGCAGGCAGCAAGUACUCAUCUCAGUAGCAAGAGCAUGUGUCAAUUCACUCUUAAUUCUUGUUUUGGAUGUUUGGUCUCAUAGAAAUUAUGGAUCCUUUAUAUAUCUGAAUAUUGUAGCAAUUGGAUCAGUUUGGCCUGCAGCUGUAGGGUAAUCAUCAGUCAUCUGUAUCAUCUCUUCUAAAGCUUAGCAU